GACCGCUAGAGAUUCAGUCUGCGUUUGGCGGUCACACGAAAUCGUAGUUAUUGCUUGAUUUUGGGCCUUCUUUGGUUUAAAAAACAACAGAGCGAUCGAAAAUGUUGACCCGAAAGAGUCUGCUACUUGUGACGCUAGGAUUAGUGAUGGUGAUCAGUUUGCCAGCGCGCUCCAGGGCAGCUCCCCGACCGGUGGACGCCGUAGAUCAGAUGGAAGAAAUGGAGGAGCUGGGAUUAGUUGGCUGCAAUCAUGCCGUCACCGUGACGGUUCUCCCGCUGCCCGGAUUUACCGCGACACCGGAUCCUCGAUCGUCGUUGGAAAUAUCGUUUGAGUCGAGUGAAAGUGAAUCGAAGGAGAACACAACGGCCAGUGGCUCACCAACUAUGAUUAGGGAGUAAAUGAAACUUGUGUUUAUUGAACAACCUGUCAGUGCAUAAUGAG